AGAAACUUUAAGGAUGAACAUUCAUAUUGUUACAUUAGAACAUAAAACUCUUUCAUCUCAUUACACCUUUUCCAAUGGAUAUCAAGUUCCCGAAGGUCGAAUAGUUUAUAUUCACGCGCAAGGAAUACAUUAUGAUGAAGAAUUACAAGGUCAAAAUCCACAUGAAUUCAAUCCUUUCAGGCAUUUUGAGAGAAAUUUACCUGCAGCAAGAUUAGAUAAGAGUCUCAUUACAUUUGGAUUGGGUAAACAUGCGUGCCCGGGGCGAUGUUUUGCUAUUAAUGGGAUAAAAUUGGCUUUACAUUUCUUAUUAUUAAAAUAUAACAUUAGAAAUAUUAAUGAUGAAAAGGUUAUAGCUAAAAUUGUGGGACCUUACAAAGUUCCUAAUAGUGAUAAAAGAUUAAUAUUUGAAAAGAAAAAUUUGAAAAAAAUGGUUUUGCCUUGA